GAGGCACGGAGGCUGCCUAGAGCGCAACUUCCGGCUCGCUAGUCCUCCUUCCCAACAUGGCGCAGUCGGUUAAUAUCACGGAGCUGAGUCUGCCGCAGCUAGAAAUGCUCAAGAACCAGCUGGACCAGGAAGUGGAGUUCCUGUCCACGUCCAUUGCCCAGCUCAAGGUGGUGCAGACCAAGUAUGUGGAGGCCAAGGACUGUCUGAGCGUGCUGAACAAGAGCAACGAGGGGAAAGAAUUACUCGUCCCACUGACGAGUUCUAUGUAUGUUCCUGGGAAACUACAUGAUGUGGAACACGUGCUCAUUGAUGUAGGAACUGGCUACUAUGUGGAAAAGACAGCUGAUGACGCCAAGGAUUUCUUCAAAAGAAAGAUAGACUUUCUUACCAAGCAAAUGGAAAAAAUCCAACCAGCUCUACAGGAGAAACAUGCCAUGAAACAGGCUCCUGACCUGGGUCUCUCACUCCCCCCCCCCCCCCCACAGCUGUCAUGGAGAUGAUGAGCCAGAAGAUUCAGCAGCUCACAGCCCUGGGGCCAAAUCAGGCCACAGCAAAGGCCUGACAGCUUGUUGGGAACCUGGGCAGGGGUCUGGGCUGGGACUUGUUUUAUGCUAAUAAACCUGUAAGCUGGG